CCCGGCCGUCGCGGCCCCCCCUCCCCUGGCCAGCAGCUGAGCCUGCCACCACCACGCCAGCGGCAUGGAGCAGAGGAAGGGCGGUGCGCGCGUGCCCCGGGCGGUGUCCGUCCUGGCGGGCCUGCUGGAGCGCGCCGCCGAGCUCGGCGACGACGCUCCCGCGUCGUCAGCGGCGGCGGCGUUCCGGGGCCGGGCCCUGCCGGCGAUCCCCGUGCGGCGGUACGCGGAGCGGAUAUACCGGUACGCGGGGUGCAGCCCCGCGUGCUUCGUCGUCGCCUACGUCUACCUCGACCGCCUCGCGCAGCGCCCGCUGGAGGACGGGGAUGCGGCGGCAGAGGCACCCGCGGUGGUCGGCGUCGUCGACUCCUACAGCGUGCACCGCCUGCUCAUCACCGCCGUCAUGGUCGCCGCCAAGUUCAUGGACGACAUGCACUGCAACAACGCCUACUUCGCGCGGGUGGGGGGCGUGGAGGUGGUGGAGAUGAACGGGCUGGAGCUGGAGCUCCUCUUCGCGCUGCGCUUCCGCCUCAACGUCACGCCGGACACCUUCGCGCGCUACUGCGCCGCGCUCGAGGGCCAGAUGCUCGUGCCGAUGCCGGCGGCGGCGGCGGCCGCCACCGACGAGGAGGAGGAGGCCGAGCGCCGGCGCCGCGGCGACCACCAGGGCGCGCUGCUGCUGAUUAGGAAGGCCAAGGACGGUGCGGCCACCGCCGUUCGUGAGCGGGCCGGGGUCGGGAGCAGGGCAGCCGCCGCCGCCGGAGUGCCCGUCGUCGUCCCGAGAGUGGCCGUGGAGAUGAUCGCCCGAUGACGACACGAUUCUUUCAGUUAAUUUGAUUUGUUGGUUCCUGUGUCCUAGGAGGCCUUCGUUUCCUGAUUGAUUCUUGGUGAGCUGCCACGACAUGCCUUUGUUGUGUUCGCAGUUGUUGAUUGGGUUGAGUACGAGGGCUUGAUGAGCUCGGAGUACAGCAUUUUUUUAUUUUAAUUUUGGACUCGGAGUCGAGCGAACAACAAUGCAUCCUCUGGGCCUGUUUAGUACGAGGCGUUGCACUAA